ACGCUGUAUUGCUGACAUGGCAAACAAAAUGUCCACGUCAUACUUUUUUUUGUUAUUCUUCUGAUUUGGGGGAGACGACGAUGGAAGAGCUAAGGCGAUUGGAGAAGUUGCAGAGUGUUGUAUCAGCCGUCUCUUCUCGCGGUUUACUAACUUCCGAUCAUGAAUCUUCUUCUUCUUCUUCUCGGUUCAUUUCCGAUCUCGUUCUUUUCCUGGUACAACCAUGCGGCGACCUAGAUGUUGAAUCGAAACUCGUCUUGGUCUCUGAUUUCAUACCGAAAGUAUCUGGACGUUUCCUCGAUGAGAUAUCGAGGUCGAUUCAGCGAGGCGAUGAUUCCAAACCACUUAACACAAGUUCAGUAGAGUCUCAAAAGAGGAGUGUCAUGGAUAAUGUUGAUCCUUACGCGGCACAGAAAGCUCAAGAAGACGUGGCAAUGGUCGGGGUUGAUGCAAUGAAGAGAGCAAACUCUACACUUGAGGAUUUCUCCAGGUCUUACUUCAUGUUCCAUCACUUGGAAGUUAGCGAACCACAGUCAAUAUUUAGAUAUUUACCCGUCCUUUCAUUCACUGAGAGUUACAUAUAUCAGAUGGAUGCUCUUAAUGAGAAGAUUGUCCGCGAAUCAGCUUGUGAAUCCCGAGUCAAUUGUUCAAGCCAUGGAUGGAAUGCUGGAUCACGGGUUUUGUUUGAAACUGAUCCAUUGAAGCCGCUCGGAGAUGUGCUUGAACGUGAGGGCCUUUUGACGCAAAGAAUACAACAAGAGUUUGAGUCGGGCAAAGAGUAUUGGGCGUUAGAAAGAAAGCUUUGUCAUGCUCUUUCGAACAAAAAUAAGAUCUGUGUCGAAGAUGUGAUGAGAGCAAUUCAUUUGAAGUCUUUUGAUUACCGGGUGUUGAAUCUUCUGCUAUACAAGUUGAGAGGAGUAGAGGUGAAUGAGUUGCACAUGGAGUUCUUGUCAGUUUCAGAGUUCCUGGUUGAAGUAGCUGAUGAUCUGUUCGACUAUGAGGACGACGUGCUGGAGAACAGUUUCAAUGUAUUACGAAUGUUUGUGGGAAUCUUUGGCCCAUCAAAUGCACCCACUGAGCUGGCCAAGCGGAUAUCAGCAGCUGAAGAGAAGUAUGAAGAGAUCAUGAAAUCCCUGGAUCCACAUUUGUCUUCAAAUUACCAAAGGAGAUGUGAAGAAGCUACUAAAGAAGGGGGGAAAGUUUCUGGCCCUUCGCUGGGAACAUGGAACAUACCGGCGGUUAUUUCGGACGAGGAUGCAUACCGAGCUGCUCACCGGUAAAAGAACAUGUAGCAGUUAUAAAACCGGGAAUUUGUUAAGGUUGUUUACCGGAUUAAACCGGGAAUUAAAAUCGAGGAAGAGUAGUAGUAGUAACCUUUUCAUUGUAUCCUUUGCCGAGACGUGAAUAGGCUUCAGCUUGUGACCAAAC